AUGUUGGAUUUCAAAUUAUCCAUAGCAGUUUGUUUACUUGGUACAUCAAAAAUCUUUUGUCACAAUCAAAAUUCAGAAUUUUCAAAAGUUUUACAUCGACCAAUUCGAUCAGCACUACCUUUUACAGAAGCUAGUAUUUGGGAGAUUUUUGUUGCACUGGCAAUACCAUUAGAAGAUCCACUUAAAUCAGUUGCACUGUCAUUUUUUUUUGAAGCAACAUACAAUCUGCCAAAUACAACAAUGCCAAUUAACACAAAUGAAAAUAAAAAAAUUAAAAAAAAAAGAAGUAUAAAUAGACAAUCAAUUUAUCAAACAUUAGAAAAUAAACUUGAGAGUCAUGGAUAUCCAGGAAGGGCGUGUCUUCUCAGAUUGAUCUGUGAAACUUCAUCAUUCGAUCUUGACGACAAUGGAAUAAUUGGAGAUCUUUUGAAUGUUAUUUUCAAACCGUCGACUUCUCAACCCGAGGAUUUACCGCAGGACAUUGUCGAGGCUGAACUAGUAGGUCGUGUCGUUCACAAUGGUACCUGUUCGAAAUACCAUUCUACUUGUCCCAUGGGACUCCUCGACUUGAUUGGAAUCUUCGUGUAAAAUUCAACACCAAUAUGUAUACUAGUCCAUUUAUAUACAUGCAUAUAUAUUUUCACUACAUCCAAUACACAUCUACUUCAAAUGAAAUUGAAAAAAAAAUUCAUUCAUAA